AUGGGUUGUCUGGUCUCCCACAUUCCAGGCUCGCUGCGUAUUCUUCUAGAGGCCUACGCGCCUCCCGGUUCGGUAGAGUACGCCCCGCACAUCGGAGUCGCGUUGACCUCCUUUGUCGCCGUAUACGUGGGGUACCUCUACCUUCAGAGCUGGAGAGAGGCAGCGGUCGUUUUCAAUGUUCCCAUCCCAUUCGAAGUGCGCAAGAACGGAUCGAUCAAGGCAUGGGAUGAGGUUCAGGGCCAGCCGAAACUGGUGUUGCAGGAUCAAGCUCGCGGAAAAUGGAGCCAUCAACUGAUUAUGAGCUACUGUCCUGCUGAUGGGAGGGUGCUCGGUGAUGGAAUCAAGCCCGCCACCGUCGAAGAUAUCAACGAGGUCGUUCGGGUUGCGAAAGCUGCUCAGCCGGAGUGGGCAAAGACUACGUUUGCGGAGCGCAGAAAAGUUCUCCGGACACUGUUGAAAUAUGUCCUAGACCACCAAGAAGACCUCGUUACCGCAUGCUGUCUCGAUUCGGGUAAAACAAAAGUUGACGGCUCAUUCGGCGAGAUCCUUGUGACGGUGGAGAAGCUCAAGUGGACAAUCGACCAUGGCGAGAAGGCACUGCUACCAGAGCAGAGGCCGACCAACUUCCUGAUGAUGUACAAGAAAAACACAGUCACGUACGAACCCCUAGGCGUAGUGGGUGCCUGUGUGUCCUGGAACUACCCGUUACACAACUUCAUCGGUCCGAUCAUCAGCGCGCUUUUUACCGGUAACGCAGUUGUUGUCAAACCGUCCGAGCAGACCGCAUGGUCUGCGAUCUACUUCCUCGAUAUGGUGCGUGGUGCGCUCUCUAGCUGUGGCCACUCACGCGAUCUGGUCCAGACGCUAGUCUGUCUACCCAAUGUUGCCGAUGCAUUCACAUCGCACCCUGAUAUUGCGCAUCUAACCUUCAUCGGAUCACGACCUGUUGCCCACCAUGUCUGCACAUCAGCAGCAAAGUCACUAAUCCCCGUAUGUGUCGAGCUGGGGGGCAAAGACCCAGCUGUGAUCUUGGACGACUCCCGCACUCUCCGAAACCUCUCUUCCAUCGCGUCUCUCCUCAUGCGCGGCGUCUUCCAAUCUUCUGGCCAGAACUGCAUCGGUAUCGAGCGUAUUAUCGCUCUUCCCAGCGCAUAUGAACGCCUCAUCGAAAUUGUAACCCCACGCAUUCAAAAUCUACACCUCGGCUCUGUCCUGCUCGAUACCGCAACCCCAGACGUUGGUGCGAUGAUCUCACCUGUCUCCUUUGCCAAUCUUGAGACACUAAUCAACGAAGCGGUGCAACAAGGCGCACGUCUCCUUGCCGGCGGCACCGAACAUAAACACCCAGUCCACCAACACGGCCACUACUUUACACCAACCCUGCUAGUUGACGUGACACGCGACAUGCGUAUCGCGCAGACAGAGCUCUUCGCCCCCGUGUUCCUCAUGAUGCGUGCCGAGUCCGUAUCCGACGCAAUCGCUAUCUCAAACUCAACUCCCUACGCACUAGGCGCCAGCGUCUUCGGGCACCGACAAGCGGACGUGCAAGCUUGCGUGUCGAAAAUCUCCGCCGGGAUGGUAGCGAUCAACGACUUCGGUGCCUUUUACGCUGUGCAGCUGCCGUUCGGCGGUGUUCGCGGAUCUGGAUAUGGCCGGUUCGCGGGUGAGGAGGGACUGCGCGGUCUGUGCAAUCUCAAGGCUGUUUGCGCUGAUCGGUUCCCUACUUUGAUUGGUACUGGCAUCCCGCCGCGUGUGGACUAUCCUAUUCAGAAUCGAGACAACGCGGCGGACGCUAAGGGUGGUGUUGCAGCUUGGGAGAUGUGUAAGGGCAUCGUUGAGACGGGAUAUCAGUUGACGCUGGAUGGGCGUCUUGCUGGUAUUCUGCGGUUGUUGAGAAAUCUAUGA